CCAUUCGUUCCUCGCACAGAUUAGGGUAAGCCAAAUUCCAAACCCUGCCUCUACGCUUUUCCUCUCUCUUUUGAUUCAAAAUCUUCGUUUUCAUCGGCGGCGCGUGACGAUUUUCAACUGCGCGUGAGGGUCCCUUUGGCGCGUGAUUUUAUCUGACAGCUGACUCAUGUUCUGUUCGACGCGCAUUGGAGAAUUCAUGCCGGAGAUACGCCGGAAUCCAACCGGACGGCUGUGAUCUUGCACCUUGAUGGCUUCCGCCGUCCUAGCCAACCGAAACGAACCUAAUUGGCCGCAACAUAGAGGCGGUGCAGCUGGAUUCAUGGGAAAAGUACCAUUUUCUAACCCUAACCCUAACUCAAAAUUUGGGAACAAAAAGAACCAAUCGGCGUCAGAUGAUGCUUCAUCCAUCAACCGCAGGUCCAACGACGGUAAUCAUUCUCAAUAUGUGACGUUCAACGUGGCGUCGUACACAAAAAAGGAGCUGAACGAGCUCAAGAAUCGCCUGAUCUUGGAGCUCGAGCAGAUUCGAAAGCUUAAGAAACAAAUCGAGAGCGGAGAAUAUCAGCCCAGGCAGAGCUUCAACGGCCCUCCUAAAAAAUCAUCGAGCAAGAAAAUCUCCGGCAACAAGCGGCCAUUUCCGGUGAAUUCCAUCACCAAAGAUUUGAAACGGUCGAAUUCGGAGAUUGGAAACUUGAUGAAGUCCUGCUCGCAGGUUCUACAGAAGAUCAUGAAGCACAAGGUUGGGUGGAUCUUCAACACCCCCGUUGAUGUCGUUGGAAUGGGUCUUCACGAUUAUUAUGAUAUAGUGAAGAAACCCAUGGAUCUGGGCACCGUGAAGUCCAAUCUCGCGAAGAACGUGUAUUCCUCGCCGGCGGAUUUUGCCUCCGAUGUGCGGUUGACGUUCAAAAACGCGCUGACAUAUAACCCCCCUGGUCACGAUGUGCACAACAUGGCUGACCUGCUUUUAACCAAGUUCGAAGAGCUGUAUCGUCCCGUGCAUGAGAAAUUCGAGGAUUCGAUGAGGCAGCAGGAUCAUGAUGUUGAUGAGGAAUUGCAGGCCAGUUCCUGGAAUCAUGCUGAGCCAGAAAGGGUUGAGAGGGUUAAGAACAAGAAGGAGAAUGUGAUCCCUCCGGCAAGGUUUCAACCCGAGCCAGUGCAGGCCCCUGCGAGCUCUUCGAACCCUCCAAUGCUGCAGUCGCCAGUGCGCACUCCUUCCCCUAUGAGAGCCCCUCCGGUGAAGCCUUUGAAGCAGCCAAAGCCUAAGGCGAAGGACCCCAAUAAGAGGGAGAUGAGCCUUGAGGAGAAACACAAGUUGGGUAUUGGGCUGCAGAGUUUGCCUCCUGAGAAAAUGGAGCAGGUGGUACAGAUCAUAAGGAAGAGGAAUGGGAACCUUAAGCAGGAUGGGGAUGAGAUUGAGCUUGAUAUUGAGGCUGUUGACACUGAGACCCUCUGGGAACUUGAUCGGUUGGUGACCAAUUGGAAGAAGAUGAUGAGCAAAAUUAAGCGGCAGGCACUACUUGGCAACUUGAACAACAAUGCCGCACCCAACAAAUCGAAUGGGGAAUUAGCUACUAGUGAGAAGGUUGAGGCGCCUCCUGCUGAAGUGAAGAAACCAAAGAAAAUGGAAGCUGGGGAUGAGGAUGUUGACAUUGGGGACGAGAUGCCAAUGAGUACCUUUCCCCCUGUGGAGAUUGAAAAAGACAAAGAGGCAGCUGGAGGCCAUGCCAGCAGUAGUUCAAGUAGUUCCAGUAGUUCAAGCAGUGAUUCCUCAUCAUCGAGUGAUUCGGAUUCAGGUAGUUCCUCGGGGAGUGAUUCUGAAGCAGACAAUGGGCACUUGUAGCAGCCAUACAGGGCUUUUGUUGCUAAUGCUCCAACAUGACCAAUGUGGGUGAGCUGAUGAAGGUGUUUGCUUGAUUGGGCAUACCUUGAGCGUGCUGUUUUGAAAAAUUGGCGAGGUGCUGUGAACAUUGCUUUGUUGGUGCAGUUUGGGAGUAGCGGUCUGAUUGGGUGCUAAGUCCCUUUUCUCGAUGAUUUGUAGUGUGCAACAGUUGUAAAAAUGAUUCUAGGAAAUUUUUAGGCCAAAAAAAGGUAGUGAAAUGCGGUGAAAAUCCUGGCAAUAAUGCAUUAGUUAUUAGGAAUAGGAUGGUGGUCUCUUUUUUAGCUUACCUUGUACACAUUACAUCAGUAAAUAGAAUUAUCCUCUUCCAAGGAGGUCUUUUCACGAA